AUGUCGGCUGAAACAUCACCAGCAUUCGCAUCUGCACCGCCGACCAGCGUGUCGCGACUGGCGACUUUGAGGCCCAAGGCCCCCUUUAGGACCGGCACGUUCCAGUUCAGUCACGUCGUUUUUCCGCGUCGCCCGACGACUGCCGCCUGGAAGUUCACCAUUCCGUCUUUCCCCCACGAGACGAUCUGUCACGCACUUGAGCGGGCGGCGAUCCUGGACAUUGCCAAAAUGGGAACGCAAACUACCGACUACGUAUUGUCAGGCGCCACCAAGUAUUACCAGGGCCAGGGUGGUAGUGGAGGCGGCGGGAGCGGCGAGGGCGACACGACGUUGGUGCCAAUUGAUUGUGUUUUGGCCGAGGACACAUGGCCAACGUUUGUUGUUGAAUGCGGUCUUUCAAAGUCCCUGCACAGCCUGAAGAACACCAUGCGAUGA